GGUCUGCCAAUGGGAGCUGUCAGGACGCCUCUGCUGGCGGCUUUGUGGGCGGGGCCGAGAGAGCCCGUGGGAAACCGGGCUUUGAUUGGUCCGCCUGACAAUCGCUCCGCCUACGGCCGGCCAAUCAGACACGGCGGAUACAGGAGCGGGGCGUUCGGAGUUGGGCUGGAGAGUGACAACAGGAGCACGCUGGGUACCCGAGCAGCCUGGGUCGCUGGAGCGCGGCUGUUAAGAUGCGGGCGCCGCACCCUCCACGGGCUGCCUUCCCACGAGGCUCCGGCGGUGCGGCCUGGGGAGAGCAGGGCUUGAAAGCAGAGGAGGCGCGGCUAGUCAUGGAACGGCGAGGGAGCCCCUAACAAAGCAGCUUUGGGAGGGCCGAGCGCCUCCGCCUCCUCCGGCAAUAGGUCCGCGAAGCUGCCUGUCACCCUGCAGCGGUGGAGGUGGCCAAUGACGUACAGAGAAAGAGCUCGAGUUGGCGCGCGCGCGCGCGCGCGGCUCCACAUCAGUGGGAUUGGUCGGAGGUAAAGGAUUUUCCUGCCACCUAAGGCUCAGAGGAAAGGGGAACCAACGGAACGGGGGAGGGGAAGAGCCCAAAAAAAAAAAAACCGUUGUACCUGCGACACGUGGUCUGACUUGGGAGGCGUGUGCCUGACUCUAGGGGGAGACAAGAACUUUUUUACCAGAUUAAAAAAAAAAAACCUAACGUAAUCCCUCCCUGUGGAUGCUGGGAGAUGUUAGCGCUAGCCAGGCUCCAGGUAGACCACCGCGGCCUGAACCGAAUCCUGGGGCGUCCAGGACUCACCGCGUUGACUCACGUUGCCAGCAAGUGAACUUGAAAUAAUAGUGUGGGGCCCUGGCCUCACAUUCACCUACUUGGCCGAGUACGUGACUCCGGCAAGGUUCGCACAAACCUCCUGGUCUCUUCUGUCAAAUCCGGAAACGAUGUUUGCCGUUUACCUUUUGCGAGGUUGGGAAGGACACGGGAAACCGGACGCUGACACUAGAGACUCUAACGAAAGCUCUUCCUGAGCCCGGGCCAGCGCUUCCACACCUUAGGAGUUUUGGACUACGCUAUUAAUAACAAAGGCCGGGGUGAAGAUUCAUUACAACCCGAUUCGGUGGACCCCUUUACCCCAACUGGGUGUUAUUGAAACCCUCACUAAAUACGAGCCUGGUGAAGUCACAACAAAUGGCCCCGCCUAGUGAGGCUACAUGGCGGAAAGGAGCCCACACGCUCCACCCUGGGCAGCCCUGCGUUGACCUGCUCUUCCACUCAAACAGAAGCUCCCUGAGGACACGGCUGUUGGGUGUUUGGUUCACUGGGGUAACCCGUGUCUAGAACAGGGCCUGGCACAUAGUAAAUGCACGAUAAAUAUUUAUGGAAUGAACAAAGUCUAACCUUUUGCAUUCCCUACCGAAAGGAGUUUGGCACUUACUUCUUUUCUGUCAUGUAUUUGUAGAUGCCCUCUUUUAAGAAAGGAUAUGAGCUAGCUUAUUAUAUAGAUAAUGUCUAGCAAGGCUUUGCU